UUCACUCCUCCGCGGGCUCUGGGCAGAAGAGUGGCUUUCUCGCCGGCCCGAGACUCUUCCUCGCCCCGGGAGCUUCGGCGGGGCUGCGGUGCCCCGGGGCCCUGGGACUCCCAGGCUGCACACUCCACCGAGGUGCCCUCCGCCCCGCAUCAGCCUCAUUUUCACCCCCUUCUGGUUUCCUGGUGCGGGUUUUGGCCUGCACCCCCAGUGUGUCUCCUCUUUUCUGGAGGGGCUGGGGAGCUCUUGCUAUCGUCUUUGGGAGCCAUCCCCUAGGCUCUCCCUGCUCUUCUCUCUCCCGGCCUCACCCGACCAAAACCAAAGACCAUGGUGCACUGUGCCGGCUGCAAAAGGCCCAUCCUGGACCGCUUCCUCUUGAAUGUGCUGGACAGGGCCUGGCAUGUCAAGUGCGUCCAGUGCUGUGAAUGUAAAUGCAACCUGACCGAGAAGUGCUUCUCCCGGGAAGGCAAGCUCUACUGCAAGAACGACUUUUUCCGAUGUUUCGGUACCAAAUGCGCCGGCUGCGCGCAGGGCAUCUCCCCUAGCGACCUGGUGCGGCGAGCGCGGAGCAAAGUGUUUCACCUAAACUGCUUCACCUGCAUGAUGUGUAACAAGCAGCUGUCCACUGGUGAGGAGCUCUAUAUCAUCGACGAGAACAAGUUUGUCUGCAAAGAGGAUUACCUAAGCAAUAGCAGUGUCGCCAAAGAGAACAGCCUCCACUCGGCCACCACGGGCAGCGACCCCAGUUUGUCUCCAGACUCCCAAGACCCAUCACAGGAUGAUGCCAAGGACUCAGAGAGCGCCAACGUAUCCGACAAGGAAGGGGGCAGCAAUGAGAAUGAUGACCAGAACCUGGGCGCCAAGCGGCGGGGGCCCCGCACCACCAUCAAGGCGAAGCAGCUGGAAACUCUGAAGGCAGCCUUUGCUGCCACUCCCAAGCCCACGCGCCAUAUCCGGGAGCAGCUGGCUCAGGAGACUGGCCUCAACAUGCGUGUCAUCCAGGUCUGGUUCCAGAACAGACGCUCCAAGGAACGGAGGAUGAAGCAGCUGAGCGCGUUGGGAGCCCGGCGCCACGCCUUCUUCCGCAGCCCGCGCCGGAUGCGGCCGCUCGUGGACCGCCUGGAGCCGGGCGAGCUCAUCCCCAACGGACCCUUCUCCUUCUACGGAGAUUACCAGAGCGAGUACUACGGGCCCGGGGGCAACUAUGACUUCUUCCCGCAAGGCCCCCCGUCCUCGCAGGCUCAGACGCCGGUGGACCUGCCCUUCGUGCCGUCGUCCGGGCCCUCCGGGACGCCCCUGGGCGGCCUGGAGCACCCGCUGCCGGGCCACCACCCGUCGAGCGAGGCGCAGCGGUUCACUGACAUCCUGGCGCACCCCCCCGGGGACUCGCCCAGCCCUGAGCCCAGCCUGCCCGGGCCUCUACACUCAAUGUCGGCUGAGGUCUUCGGGCCCAGCCCGCCCUUCUCAUCACUGUCGGUCAACGGCGGGGCGAGCUACGGGAACCACCUGUCUCACCCGCCCGAAAUGAACGAGGCGGCCGUGUGGUAGCGGGGUCUCGCACGGUCCGCGGAGUUCGUGGUUGUACAGAAAUGAACCUUUAUUUAAGAAAAAUAGAAAAAAGAAGAAAAAAAAACCAUAAAAGCAAGUCACCCCCCCACCCCCCAUACACACACACUUCCUUCAGCCUCGGGGACCAUUUUCCGUCUGGCGAGUCCAGACGGGAAAGGGGGACAAGAAACAGAAUCCAAAUCCUCCUGGAAGUAGAACUGGGAUCCGUGCUCUGACUGGCAAGGUGCAGAACUGGGGCUCCGGAAGAGAUAUUCAGACGUCUCCCCAUCUUCCACCUGGACCCGGAUCCAGGGGCAAGACUCUUCGAGCCUGCGCACCUGGCCAGAGGGCUGCAGAGAAACAGCCACGGAGGCGGCGGGGGCGCACAGCCAGUGGUGACGCCGGGAGCCGCGGGGAGGGAGGCCGAGGCGCAGCCGGGUGAGGGAGGUGGAGCAGCCCGGGGCGCUCCCGGGCCAGCCAGGAGGGUUCUGGCUCUGGGAAAUUCACUAGUGUUGUCUCAGAGUUCAGCAACAGCGACAACAAACUCUUAUAGCUUCAGAAACGCCGACCUGCUGUGCAUCAGGUGGGACUAUAUAUAUAUAUAUUUUUUGUCUAUCUGGGUUUUUGGUUUUUGUUUUUGCGAAAAUUGCAAAAUUCUAAAUGUAAAGCCCUCAGUAUCAACUCUUCUACCUUCACAAAGCUCUACACACACACACACACACACACACACACACACACACACACACAGAUACACACAGACACCCUCGAUAAGGAUGGUCUCUAGCCAGACCUCUCAGUAAAAUGACUUGAACAUCAACUGUACAAGAAAGUAUUCUACCUUCACACAUACAAAAAAAAAAAAAAAGUAAAAAAAAAAAAAGACUAUUGAACUAAAAACAGUCAACUGUUUACGUAUAAUGUUAAAUUCAGGAGUUCAGUGUUUUAUUAAUAUAUCCUGUUUUGAAACCUCUUGUUCAAAAACAAAAUGUUUUGAGCAAUCAACCAAAAUUGUUCAUUUUCUUUUCCUGUAGAUGUUCUGACAGAUUUGCAGGGCUCGCAGCUCACUGUGCUAGUAUGUAAAAAGGUGUUGUUUACACAAGGCAAAGAGAAAACAUGAUAUUCAGACACUUGCCAAAUAGAAUAAUUAUAGCACAAAUACUGUAAAGGUGCCUGGCACCACAACCUGAGAAAGUGUUAAAAAAAAAAAAGAAAAAAAGUGUUACAAGGUUUAAAAAAAAAAACAUCUUUGCUAAUUUUUAGUCCUGUUGAACAUUCAUGGAAUUGUUAAUAUGACUUAUAUAGACCCACACAGGUUUUAUUUUUGUGUCUUUAAAAUAAAAGUCCAAAAUAUUUAAAUUUUAUGGUCAAAUAUGCAGUCAACAGCUGCUACUUUUUUCUUUAUAUAUUAAAUUUCUCAUAUGUCUUUUAUUGUUCUGAUAAACCUAAGCUUGUGUGACCUCCAGUGCAUAUUAGACCAUUCACUGUAUGAAAGAAAACAUGUUGAAUAAAUUUGUGAGUUUUUAAUAAAAAUAGAAAAUCUGAUGUUUAGA